AUGGUGAAGCCAUCUCCAUUUCUCGAGCCUGGCCCGAGGACAUCCGCCAAUUCCAUUGCCGUUGUCCAGCUGUCCCGCGAUAACCUCGUUCCCUUGAUCCUCCGAGACUCCACCGGUGCCGUCGAUGGUUACGCCGAGGGCGCGGUUCUCAACACACGAUUCGGCUCGUUUCCUCACUCCACUCUAAUCAAUGUCCCUUGGGGCUCGCAGAUUCGCGCUUCAAAUGUCGAUACUGGUUCGCGCGGUCGCAAGCGCAAGAGAAAGGAGGAGGAGACUGAUGUAUCGACACCAGCGGCUGAUGAUGCCGACGCAGACUCGGGUGCCCCAGUAAAGAAGGCAGUUGCCGCCGCGAGCGGCUUCGUUCAUAUUCUUCAGCCUACUGCCGAGCUCUGGACCGCAGGCCUGCCGCACCGUACUCAAGUUGUCUACACCCCCGACUACAGCUUUGUCCUCCAACGGAUACGCGCCCGCCCUGGCACCCGAUUGAUUGAAGCCGGUGCCGGCAGUGGCAGCUUCUCACACGCUUCUGCUCGUGCCGUUUACAACGGCUACCCCGAGAACGAUACCCAGCGUAAGGGAAAGGUGUUCAGCUUCGAGUUUAACAAGGAUCGUUACGAGAAGAUGCAGGAGGAGAUUCAAGCGCACGCUCUGGAGGGAAUUGUGCAGCUCACGCAUCGCGACGUCUACAACGGAGGUUUUCUGGUUGAUGGCAAGAGCCCCGAAGCCGAAUCCAUAUUCCUCGACCUGCCCGCGCCGUGGGAGGCACUCCCUCACUUGUCACGAAGGAAACCUGCGGCGGCCAAGGAUGGAGAGGCCAAUGCGGCGGAGUGGGUUUCGCCAUUGAACCCCAAGAAAUCGGCCUACAUUUGCACAUUUUCGCCGUGCAUUGAGCAAGUACAGAAGACGAUCAACACGAUGAGAACUCUGGGAUGGGUGGAUAUUGAUAUGAUUGAGAUCUCCAACAAGAAGUUCAACGUCAUUCGCGACCGUGCCGGUAUGGGCCAGCCUGAGCGAGGUAUUGCGCCCAGCGCGCGCGAUGUCACUGAAGCGGUGGGCAAGCUGCGCGAGAUUGAGAAGCGCACGAGAGAAUUCCACAACCCGAACGAUCCCAACUCGGCCGAGGACUCGCCAGCAGCUGCAAACGCCAUGGAUAUCGACCAAUCUGCGAACACCAACGGCAACGCCACUCCGGAGGAGGAGACCAACGUGGUGAAGCCUUGGUUGCAGGGCCGUGUGAUCCAUCGUGCGGAGCCCGAGUUGAAGACACAUACGUCGUAUCUUGUCUUUGCCGUACUGCCCCGUGAAUGGAGUGAGGAGGAGGAAGCCGCUGCGCUUGCAAAGUGGCCCUGUGGCUCUGAAAAGGGCGUCAUCGGCACAAAGGACAAGGAGACCCGCAAGCAGGAGAAACGCGAUUUGCUACAGGGUAAGGGCAGGAGGAGGAAGAACAAGGCAUGA